AUGGACAAGCUACGAGAGCCCAAGCUGUCUCCCAUCGCAACUGGGGGCUUCAAGUAUUGGGCCGUGGCUUUUAUCGUCUGCAACUUCAAUGUUGACAUAGGUCCGGAAAUCGAGAUUCUCUACCCGCCUCACAUCCCCUUUUCCACGGGCGACUUGAGCGCAAUUUGUUUCAACAGCUUCCCAGAGCAACAAAACACAGAAACCGCAGAGGAUCUUUGCUACGACUUUGCCAUUACCAACAAUUCGCCUGACAUCCACAUCGCCUCGCCCAACGCGCCCCAUGGCAGCGCAAUCACCCUGUAUGCCUCGUGUAUCUUCCGCCAAGAGUUUGACGAUACCAUGAAGAGGAGCUUCAACCAAAGAGCCCUGGUCUUGAUUUCCCAUCACAACUUUACCGCCUUGAACCACCGCAUCUUACAAAAGAUGACGGAAUCAGGCCAUCUCAGUGACCCGACCACUCUGGAAGCCGCAUACCGGCAAAUGAACAAUUGGAUGCCCCCAGCCCUUGGCCACCACGACCUACCUUUUCUGGGCAGUGUGUUGAGACUGGACAUUGCACCACAUCGCGCUUUUCCUCUGCAAGGCCUUCCAGGUCCCAACCCUCUGAUAUCCGACACUGCUCAAUCCAUCUAUGCAUAUGAACCGAUUGGGUCCUGGGACAGCAUCAUGCACUACAUGCCGUGCAUUACCGACUUAUAUGUGCUUUACGAGAAAUUAAUCCUGUGUGAAAGCGUCAUCGUCAUCGCAAAGUCUCCACAACUAGCGAGCGAGGCUGUGUCUUCGCUUCUUGACCUCAUCUGCCCGGUCCCCUAUGCCGGCGUGGUUCGGCCGUAUAUGACUAUGCAGGCAAAUUUCAAGAGUAUUGGUAUCGAUGGUGGCACGCCAACGUCCUUCAUCGCUGGUGUCACCAAUCCUUUUCUACUGAAGCGCAUCAUCGCCGCUGUCGAGGCCAGUCACCAAGCCCGGCCGCACAUAUUAUACCUGCAAAACUUUGAUGGUCCUGUACCCAUGCGUCGCCACCAUUCACUACAUCACAAGUCAAGCCGCAACGCACUUCUCGAUCUCCCGGGCGGUGGUAUCGAAGUCCACACUCCCCCAAAACGCUUUCUCAAAUCAGAUCCAACUGUAGUAUCGCAAAUCGACGCCCUACUGAAGCUUGGGGAUCAAACUCAAGACCUCGGGCCCAUCAUACGCCGCCACUUUGCCGAGCUCACUGCUCAGUUCAUCGCGCCUAUCAAUCGCUACCUCGCAACGUCGCACGUCGUAACACCAGGAGGCAACAGUAGGUAUGCCAGCUUCCAGGUACGAGAAUUUUUAAGCAGCGUCAACAAACACGGAACCAGCGUCAAAUUUCGCGGAUCAAAUCCACUACAAAGGCAUCGUGCAAGAGACGGCAUGUACGAGACAUUUUGCAACUCGCCAAACUUUUACUCGUGGCUCGAAAUGAAGAUAUCACUGGAGAAUGAAGCUUCGGCGGGAAUGUUAAACGCGCCGGUGAUGCAUUCAGGUUAG